UUGUUUGAUUUUCAGACUUACAAUUGAAUUUGAAGUCCGAACAAUGGCUGACUCUGGCUUGCUGUUUUAUAUGGCCCGCAUCAACCAUGCUGAUUUUGCUACUGUUCAGAUAAAGAAUGGACUGCCUUACUUCAGCUAUGAUCUGGGGAGUGGAGACACCAACACAAUGAUUCCCAAUAAAAUAAAUGAUGGCCAGUGGCACAAGAUAAAAGUCAUUAGAACCAAGCAAGAAGGAAUCCUCAUAGUAGAUAGUGUCUCAAACAGGACUGUUAGUCCAAAAAAGGCUGAUAUAUUGGAUGUUGUGGGAAUGCUGUACAUUGGAGGACUGCCUGUAAACUACACAACUAGAAGAAUUGGUCCGGUCACCUACAGCAUUGAUGGCUGCAUCAGAAAUUUUAAGAUGACAGAAUCACCUGUUGACCUGGAUAACCCAACUUCAAGCUUCAGUGUUGGAAAAUGCUUUGUCACUGCUCAGAAAGGAACGUACUUCGAUGGAACAGGCUUUGCCAAAACAGUUGGUGCAUACAAGGUGGGAACAGAUCUGCUUGUGGAAUUUGAAUUCCGCACAACACGAAUGAACAGUGUGCUUCUAGGAGUCAGCAGCCAGAAAAUGGAUGGACUUGGCAUCGAAUUAGUGGAUGGAAAAGUGAUGUUUCAUGUUGACAAUGGUGCCGGCCGAUUCUCUGCUGUCUACGAGCCUGAUGCACCAGCCAGCUUGUGUGAUGGGCAAUGGCACAAGGUUGUUGCAAACAAGAUCAAACACCAUUUGGAGCUGACUGUGGAUGACAGACAGGUGGAUGGUAACAGCCCAAACAGGGCCUCAACCUCAGCAGACACUAAUGACCCUGUCUUUGUUGGAGGAUAUCCCGAUGGUGUGACUCAGUUUGGGUUGACCACUAACAUUCGUUUCAAAGGAUGUAUUCGAUCUCUGAAGCUCACCAAGGGUACGGCUAAACCUCAAGAGAUUAACUUCAGCAAAGCUCUGGAGCUGAAGGGUGUUCAGGUGUCAUGCCCUGCAAGCUAACUGUCAUUCAGCUCAUAUGGGCCUGUUCAUAUAAGCAUUUCAGACUAAAAACAUAAAACCAACAAACAAAAAAGCCUAUAUAUACACAUUGCAUUCAUAAUAAAAUGUCUUCAUGCAAGUAUG